AUGUUGGACAAGUUAUCGAUGUGCGUCGAAGUCGUGUCCGCUAGUGUUAAUCAUCAGUGUUUGCAAGAAAAAUUUAUGGCAUUGGAAGUUACCCAAAUUCUGUUGAAUGCACAAGCUGUUGAUGGAUCUGUUCGGAAGCAUGCUGAAGAGAGUUUAAAGCAAUUUCAGGAGCAAAAUCUACCUGGAUUUCUGUUAUCUCUCUCUGGAGAACUUGCUCAUGAUGAGAAGCCUGUUGAUAGUCGUAAACUAGCUGGUUUGAUUCUGAAGAAUGCUUUAGAUGCAAAAGAGCAACAUAGAAAGUAUGAACUCAUCCAAAGAUGGUUAUCACUUGAUGUGGGUGUUAAAUCACAAAUCAAGACAUACCUAUUACAGACACUCACCUCUCCUGUUCAUGAGGCAAGAUCAACCGCAUCACAAGUUAUAGCUAAAGUUGCUGGAAUAGAGCUUCCACAAAAACAAUGGCCUGAGCUCAUUGGCUCCCUUCUAUCAAACAUUCACCAAGUCCCUGUUCAUGUCAAGCAAGCCACUUUAGAAACUCUUGGGUAUUUGUGUGAAGAAGUUUCUCCAGAUGUUGUAGAACAAGAUCAUGUGAAUAAAAUCCUGACAGCUGUUGUUCAAGGCAUGAAUGCAAGUGAAGCUAGUAAUGAUGUCAGACUUGCUGCAACUAGAGCACUUUACAAUGCUCUUGGUUUUGCUCAAGCAAAUUUCACCAAUGAAAUGGAACGUGAUUAUAUUAUGAGAGUUGUUUGUGAAGCAACUUUAUCUCCAGAAGUAAAGAUUCGCCAAGCAGCUUUUGAGUGUUUGGUUUCCAUCUCAUCUAGCUACUAUGAGAAACUAGCUCCUUACAUUCAAGAUAUCUUCAACAUCACUGCUAAAGCUGUUAAAGAAGACGAAGAGCCAGUGGCUUUACAAGCAAUUGAAUUCUGGAGUUCAAUUUGUGAUGAAGAGAUUGAUAUUUUGGAAGAAUAUGGAGGCGACUUCACUACUGCUGACUCAGACAUUCCUUGUUUUACUUCAUAA